AUGCCUAUGGAAACAGUCACGCUGAACCAACCAGAUAAGCCGAAGGAAGCCUCAGAGAUAGUUACUUCUUCCGAAACCAACUCUUUAGUACCGGAAAACAACUCGGAGCUUAGUGAAGAGGCCUCGGCCUCAGAAACUGAGCCCCAGACUCAUAACCAGAUAGAACAGCCUGCCAAGAGGAGAAAAAGGAAGAAGAAGAAGAAGCAAACUCAUGGAAUCAUCACAAAGACUACUAACAGCCCUUCUACUCCUGAAUCCCUCCCAGUACCUGAGCCUACUACUGACACUACUUUGGAACCCAAGGAAGAACAACCAUCCAAGUCUGCUAAGAUUCUCAUCCGAGGGCUUCCAGUCGACUUCAAAAUAGAGGAUAUUUCUCUAGAAAUAGAGAAAUCAGGCAUCACUUCACAUAGGAUUAUCCAGUUCAAGAAGAGGGUGGGUGGAGCCUAUAGGCUCCUCCCCCUUUUUCUCGUCAUUACUCCAUUGGCCAAUCAGCAGAAAGCUCAUUCCAUCCAGAGUAUCAUGCAGAUUCCCAUCUCUACCGAGAAAUUUCGUGGCGGCAGCCGGCCCAUCCAGUGCUUUAGAUGUCAAAGCUACGGACAUACUCAGCGCUCCUGUGCCAAUCAGCCGAGAUGCAUGAAAUGUGCAGACUUCCACUACUCCUACCAAUGUGAAAAAGACAGAAAUUCUCCCGCCAAAUGCUGUAACUGCGACGGGAACCACACCUCCAAUUUCACUGGGUGCGAGGCCCGUCCCAGUGGAAAAAGCCAACAAUCCAAGGACACACCUGCAUCCACAGAUCAUCGCCUGGUCUCACUAGUAAAAGAACUGCAGGAGCUCCCCAAGAAUCAUGAAGUCACAAGCCUACUUCAAUCUCUACUGAAUGGGGUCUCCCCAUCACAAUGA